AAAGCAUGAGUAUCUGCAUGGGAGAUAAGAGGGAAAUCACUUGAAAUCUAACAUUGGUGCCUCAUGUUUUGAUUUACUUGGCCACAUUCUCUUGUCCCGGGUGAGUGUUUUUUCGGCCAAAUUGGGGUGACUACGCCUCUCUUGUGUGAAGAUGUAAAAGUGCCCCAAAAGGAAACCAGGAGACGAUGGAGCCUGAAAGGGAUUGCGAAUGCGCCAGAGCACCGAAAUCAUCUCGUUUUGGUUCCUUUUUUCGCAAAUAUCAAGUGCUUGUGCUCACCAUUCUGAUGCUCAUCCUCGUCAAACUACCCCUCCUUGCCUAUGGGAUCCUUAUGGAAUGUGGAGAAGUACAGAAUAUCUCACCACCAGCAUUCUUCGUGACAAUUCAAAUGAUAAUGCAACCAUGUUUAGUGGACACAGAUGAUUACAUCUCAAGGAAGUAUUUAAGAAAAAUCCUCACGAUUGGAUCCCUUGUCCUGGCAUUUGGAGUAAUUUCUGCAGGAUUCGCAGGACUCCUCUUCAAUGAGCGGAAUAUUAUUUUCUCCCUCUUCUAUGGACCUCUCGGUGGGAUUGGAGCAUUUGUAAUUACAGCACUUCUCAGGAAGAUCCUUCAGGGACUCUUUGGUGCAAAUAAUUCACAUGUAAUUGAUGUCGUUCAGGGAGCAUCACAGGGAUUCAGUCAGCUCCUCUUUCCGCUUCUUCUGGCACAAAUUCGCACAAGUUUUGGUGCACAAAUGGGGAUCCUCUUCUUGGGAUCCAUUGUCCUUCACACCUUACCACUGGGACUCAUCCUAUCGCGCUCCAAACUCCAGCUGUCUGUCCACAAUCUCGUGAGGUACAAAUCCGUGGCUCUGGAUGAUCCAAUGAUGGAUGUAAAUGCUCCAAAUAGCAUGAAGAGGUGGGGAAAUUUAAUGGGGAUCAACAAUAAUGGGGAAGAUGAUGAUGAUGAUCUUCCAAUGAAGAAUUUAACGAGUCAGGGAGUUGAAAUAAUGGAUACAAUUCCCGAGGAAGAUGAAAUUAGUGAGAAUUCCGUGGAAAUGCUGCAGAAGAAACAAGACUCAUUGGAGAAAUUUAGAAUGAAAAAAUGGAAAAUUUUCCGAGAAUAUUGGCAGGAGUGUCGGAAAAUCUUAUCAGAAUUAUUUGUGAAUCCUUUUAGGAUCCUCUUUGGGCGCCAAAUAAUAUUACCAGGAGUAAUUCUCAAAGCAUUUGGGAUUUUUGUGCAUAUCCUCGUGAUCUCUGGCUUGCCCUGCUUCACAGCCAACAAUACUCUUCAUCUCAAUUCCCUGGAAUCCAGCACAAUACUAGCCAUCAUGGCUAUUCCCAUUGUAGUGAUCACAUUUAGUAGUAUCUGGAUGGAGGAUCUCUUGCAGGAAAAAGGAAAAUACUGGCAUAUUGUGGGAGAAAUUUGCAAAUUCGUAGGAUGCAUAGUCUUUCAAGCAUCUCGGACCAUCUUCUUCCUGCGUCUGGGCAUCUUGCUCCUGGGUGUUGGAGAAGGAAUAAAAAUAAUUCAAGAACGAAUUCUCAGGGAGUGCACAAUUGCCGAAUUUGGCGAUGAAAUCACCUGGAGGGUGGCACAGAGCUACAUUUCCGCAGUCAGCGGAUACUUUGUACUUAUUUUCACCUUCUGUACCAACCAAUUUCUCGCGCAUUUCACAUUUGGAACAAUUUUCCUCAUUACGGGACUCUUCUACAGCGCCGCCAUCUUUAUUUUUGCGCUUGUCCACUAUUUUUGACAAAAAUUACAUGCAUUCAAUGCGAUAGAAUAAAUGUUUCUGUACUAUU